AUGCACAGCGUAAAUACUAUCUUACAAGAAGGAAGCAAUAUGAGCGACUGCUGUACAAAGGGCUUCAAAUGGGACGGAGAGCCCAAGGGCCACGAAAUGACUCUCUCGGACAAUGCAGCGUACGUGACAGGCUCCAACAGCGAGGUUGCCAUCCUCGUCAUCCACGACCUGUUCGGUUGGACAUUUCCCAACAUCCGAUUACUGGCCGACGCAUACGCCGAAGAGGCCGACGCUACUGUCUAUGUCCCAGACUUUUUCGGCGGCGAGGUUCUCGCCUCCGAUAUCCUCUGCAAAGAUCCCUCGGAAUGGGGACCCCUCGAUCUCGCUAGCAUGACAGCUCGCAAUAGCAAGGUCAUCCGAGAGCCUGAGAUCUUCGCCUGUGCCAAAGCCCUGCGUGCACAGUACAAGCAUAUCGCAGCGAUCGGGUUCUGCUACGGCGGCUGGGCAGUAUUUCGCCUGGGCGCCAAGGCAAAUAAUGGAUUGGUUGACUGCAUCUCGACUGCGCACCCAUCUUGGCUCACCAAGGAAGAGAUCCAGGAGGUUGGCGUGCCAGUACAAAUCCUGGCGCCAGAGAUCGAUCCUGUGUUUUCUCCCGAGCUGAAAGAGUUCAGCAAUCGGGUUAUCCCCUCGUUGGGGGUGGACUAUGAUUAUCAGUAUUUCCGUGGCUUGGAGCAUGCAUUUGCUGUUAGAGGGAAUCGGGCGAAUCAGGCUGAGAUGAAGGGGUUGGAGAGGGCGAAGAAUGCGGCCGUGUAUUGGUUCAAGCAGUGGCUGCAUUGA